CACAGUGUUUUUGCUUCGUUUUUUUGUGUUUUUUUCCCAUGUGGUCAACCCCACCCCUAUCCAUGACCCCCGCAGAGACAGCAGCCCGUAUCACCCAGCUGUUGGGCUGUUGCCAGAACACUAUCUCAUCGGGGAAGGCGUGUCGGUCCCCGAAUUACUCAAAGUCCCUUUGUCCUCAAUCAGUGCCCAGCCUGCGACACUCAUGGCGGCUGCACCCGUCAGGCAGCGCUGCGGCUCGGGGGGGCCCCGUUCCCAGCUCCCACCCUGCUACUUUGAGGGCUACCUGGAGAAGCGAGGACCGAAGGAAAAGGCUUCCAGAAGGCUUUGGACUUGCCUUUGUGGGAACUCUUUGUAUUUCUUCAAUAACGCUAAGGAUGCUCAUUAUGUUGAGAAGCUGGACCUCAGCGGGUUUGUGUCCCUCAAAGAUGACAGCAGCCGAGACAGAAACUUGGAAGCAGCGAGACUCAUCCUCCGCAUGAAAGACGGGGAGACCAAAUUCACCGCACCAAACUUGGAGGCCCGGGAGCUGUGGAAAGGUUUCCUCUACUCCGUUAUAGAUCUGAAUGUCCCGUCUAGUCUCACGUUACUGCCGGGCCAGUUCCAAAUGCUGAAGGAAGUGGUAGAAAAAGAACGGACCAGACGGAGAACCCGUAAUCCCGGACGAGCUCCUCCUUCACCCCUCUCUGUUCCCUUAGUGGGCGAGAUCCCUCCGUGUUUUCGUCCAGUGUCACGCACAGAAGCUGAAGUACUUUUGGAGAGACACCCGGACUGUGGCAACAUGCUCCUCCGUCCAGGUCGAGACGGAUGCUCGCUGGCCGUCACGACCCGCCAGGACCUCAAUGGGUCAGUGUUCAGACAUUACAGAGUCACUCAGAGAGACCAAGGUGGUUAUGUUAUUGAUGUGGAAAAUCCUAUUCCCUGUGCAACACUGCAUGACGUCAUUGACGCCUUGGUAGAGAAGACGGCGGGCACUCUGCAACCGUUCCUUCUGGAGGAGCCGUACGAGGAGAAUAUCACAUAUGUUUCUGCUAAUGAUGAAAAUGGAGAGAAGAUCCUCCAUACUGCCCCCUCCAGCCCCUUACCCAGGGUCCCCGCUCUGCCUCCAAAACAAGACCGUUGGUGCACGAGCCCUCUGUCCCGGUCCCCGGCCGCGGAUCGUCGAAUCCUGACCUCACCGGUACCAGCCUCUCCCACCAACCCAAUGAGGCGACUCAUCUUGUCCCCUUCGCCUCUUACACAGACACUGAAUGAGGAGCUCAAACUUACACUGGAGAAGAGGAAAACCAGCCAGGACUGACAUGAGGAAGAUCUUCCAACUUCUUUUCAAAGCAGCUUCAGCGUGUUCUCAUCCGGUGCCUUUUUGGUGGAGAAUAAGUCACUACAAAGCCUCUUCUUUCUCCUGGGACUCAAGGGGAUAAAAAAAAACAAAACAAAACAAACUCUGUCUCAUAAAAUGGUGCUGGACUUUUGCUUUAUCUGAAUGCAUCCAGCUGUUACCAACUGCCUCUACGACCAAUCACAGUGCCACGACAACUACAAACCUGCUAGUACAUUCCAGACCACUAGCUGAGCACAUUGUUAAUUAUCUGACUGGCGAGAUGCUGAAGGUUCUGCUAAUAAAAAUACAAAUACAAGCAAACCACACACUACAGAGAUCUACACCGGAGCAGCUGAAAGUCUCAUCUCCAACGAUUUACCUGCAGAAAGAAAGGAGAUCCAGCUGUUUUGGCCCAGAAUCUUUCGUCCUCCUACCAUUUACGACAAGACUGAUAAGUAAUCCAAGUCGAACUGAACAGGAGAGAAACUGAACUCUGCACAACUUCUCUGCCUUCUGCUCCGCGAUCUCUUUGAGGUCGACGAACGACUUUCAUCUCGUUGCCGAUUGUCGACAGUGAUUGUUCUUGCUCACCACUCGGCUGCUAAGUGAUCCACGUCUGACCUGCUGGAUUCGCCUGCUACUGUGUCUGUUCUGUUGUGUGACGCCUUUGACUCCCCACUUCUCAGCCACGUCUGUAAAAUUCGACUGAUUUAUCUUCCUUCACCAAAAAAAAAUGUCCCAAUCUGCCUCCUGGUGUACUGGCUGUAAAUCAAAGCGACAGAAACGUCAUCAGCACGCCAUCUCUGCAGAAGCACAAGUGCCUGAUGAGUCUGUUUGACAGCAUUAUGUUAACCUCUAUUUCUCUAAGGUGUUACAUUUGAUGGUGCUUAAAUGUAAAGUGCUUUUACCCUCAUAUUUGACAUUUUUGUCCCCCUCCCAUCCCUACAGAUUGGUAUCAAACUGUGAACAACUGACUAAUAAGUGUCUUCAUACGAUGAACAAUUUAUUGAAUGUUUGUACAUAGGGUGUUAUGCAUACAUGGUUAUUAUUAAAAAUGUGUGUUUUUGAUAAUUA